AUGGCUCUUCAAUUCUCCUUAUCUCAGACUUCUCUAGCAGCAGCGAUACUAGGUUCAACCUACGGAACCUACCUGGCUCUAUCUCCUCCCAAUCCCAGCGAACAUUCAUCACCAUCAACGGGCGACUCAGUUCGGUGGCUAUUCUUGACGAGAAAACACACCACAAAGGUCGUCUUGGCCCCUCUUGGGCUAUUAUCACUACACACUACUAGCCUAGCUUUGCGCUACCCCAAUAUCCCUCCAUCUCUCGUUCAUCAUGGAAUUGCAAAUGGGCUCAAUCCAGACCUGAUUACAUGGUCUGCUGCAACUACGAUUCCUCUAGCUCUAGUCUUCUGUGCCGGUGUUCCUCUGCGUUUGGUACCGUAUGCAUCACUGGGCAAAAACUUCACAUUUGCUCUGAAGGAGCCGGAUCGAUUGAAAACUACCGGUAUUUAUCAAUAUCUCCAACACCCAAGUUAUACUGGACUUGCUAUUCUCAUGAUAUUCAACGUGGCGCUGCUUGGUAGACUGGAUGGUGUUCUGAGCUGCUGGGUUCCUCCCAAUACCUAUGAGACCUUCUGUUCCUGGGCUAUAAGAUUACUUCCUUUCACUAUAUCGGGUAUCAUGUUUGGAAUUUGGACCAGAGUAUCUGAAGAGGAGAAGAUGCUGAAGAGGGCCUUCGGAAAGGAAUGGGAGAGUUGGCAUGCAAGAACAGCUCGCUUUAUUCCUUUUAUUCUUUAG